UCUACGAGUUAAAGCCUCCUUCCGACGUAAUCGCAAGCAUGUUUUUCCAAUACAUACUGGCUGUCAAUGAAAAAGGUUAGGCGACGCGUAAUGCACGUUAAAUUUACUAUCGCAUUACAUCCGCGAUGUUCAUGAUGCUUUGCACAAUCAAUGGACGUCAGUUAGCCAACGCGAGCGCUCGCAAUAGCGAUAUAAGCGCCUUGGAAAUGUAGAACGGGAUUUUAUGUCAUACGUAAUGCGUGGUUAUAGCAAUUUACGGGGACUGAUGUCAUGUUUUAUUGAUAUUCCACAACAAACUGACAAUUUAAUGUCUGGUAAUAAGUGCACAACUGCAGAUCAAAUACAAAAGAGUCAUGCUACGUCAGUUUUAUCGCCUUUGAAGAUUUAAUAUGAAAUAUGUCGAUGGAUUUUGCUGAAGCUGCAAGUAAUGUUUGAAAUCCCUUAUGGGAUAUAUGGGUGGCACAGAAAUCAGGAAUCAUAGGUGGUCAUAAUGCCGUCACUCCUCGAAGCCCUGGAGGGCAAAUACGGCGCGAAGGGAGAAAUAAACCCUUCUAUAGAUGACAUGCCGGUCGCCAUAUUUGUGCCAAAGCGCUCACCGAGGCUCAGUGUACCCACGCUGCUGGUGCUCAACGACUGCGACAUCGACUGCGCCGGGGACGCUCUGGCCCUCGCAGAUAAGUGCGCCGACGUCGUCGAACUGGACCUAGCCAAUAAUAAACUUAGCGAGUGGGAAGAAAUAUUUGCGAUAUUGGAACAGACACCAAGAGUGAGAUUUUUAAACUUGAGCUUUAAUCGUCUGUCAGCGCAAAUUCAAGCGGCACAAACACUCCAACCACGAUGGGACUGUCUAAGCCACCUCAUUCUAAAUUCUACAUACGUCGGCUGGCCGAGUGUCUACGCGUUACUCAAAGCUCUACCAGCUCUGGAGGAGUUGCAUUUGAGCCUUAAUGAGUACUCCUAUGUAGACUUGAGCGGGCAGGAAGUUGAAGAGAAGGACCAUUGUGAGGCGUGUUCACGACUCAACGUCGAUGUCACUGAGCCCGUGCACGAACAGCUUAAGAAACUACAUUUCUCUGGAAACCCUGUUAGCAGUUGGCGAGAAAUCUCCAAGCUUGGCUAUGCCUUCCCUAAUUUGGAAACCCUAUUGGUAAACGAUUGUCCAGUAGCCACUCUAGAACCGGAUCCGUGUGAAAAAUGUGGUGAUAACAAUGGCAACAAGGCGAGUCACGAUGCCUUCCCGCACCUCCGCUUCCUAAACCUGAACAAUACGGGUUUAUCGACUUGGGAUGAGGUGGAUCGACUGGCACAGUUUCCUGCUCUCAAGAGUUUGCGAGCGCAGGGCUGGCCACUAUGGGAGCGUUUCGAGUCGACAGAGCACGAGCGGCGGUUGUUGCUGGUGGCGCGGCUGCCGCACGUGCGGACCCUGAACGGCGGCGGCGCCGUGCCCGUGGAGGAGCGCGACGCCGCCGAGCGCGCCUUCAUACGGUACUACAUGGAGAAGCCCGAGUCCGACCGACCCGAUAGGUACUGGGAGUUGGUGGGCGUGCACGGCAAGCUGGACCCGCUGGUGUCUGUGGACCUGAGGCCCGAGAAGCGCGUUCAGAUCACCUUCCGCUGCGGCGACACCAGCGAAGUGCGCACCGUCGAUGUGUAUAGGUUAGUUCCUUUUUGAGAGGAUGCGGGAUCC